UCGAGAAAAGCCACAACAAUGAGAAUGAGAGAAGAAAGAGAAAAGCCAUAGCAACUCCCGCAAUCCUUCACUCCCCUUUCCCUCCCUCGGCAUACAGGACGAUGGCGGACGAGAUUACAACAAUCGUUAUGGAUAAUGCUGCAGGUACCAGCCAUGGUGGCAGUGGCGACGGUGGUGGUUCACGAAAGUGUAUCUUCAAAUGGCCUCAGGAUCUUGUAAGUCGUCUAGGGGAGGACAUCCCCCGUGAACCUCAGGUGGUAGCCAUUGGGCCUUACCACCAUCGCCAAGAAAACCUAAUGAACAAGGAGUAUUAUAAGAGGAAAGCACUCUCCAGGGUGCUCCGCUUGUCUGGCGGACUUGGAGAAUCCAAGUUUGUGGUGGCCCUGAAAGAAGUGGAGCAGGAGCUCCGCGAUCACUACGACGAGCUGGAUGCUAAAAUCUGGCCAUCCGACUCUUUUGUUGUGAUGAUGCUUCUGGAUGGCUGCUUUUUGCUCGACUUUCUUUUUAAAUUGGACAAACUGGUGGACAAGCCCUUGACCGAGUCCCUACGCACGCAGCUGCUUUACACCCCUGCCUACGCCUUGCUUAUUCGGGACAUACACUUGCUAGAAAAUCAAAUUCCUGGACUCGUGUUGGAGGUGUUGAUGAAGGUUGCAGGAGGCUCCCAAAAUCCGUUAAGUGGUGGGAAACUGUCCUCUCAAGCCUUGCAUUUGUUAAACUUGCAAAGGAUGAGCCUCCUGGGUGAGAACCUCUUUCCCCGUCCUCCACGCUCCAUUUCAGCCCGUGCUCGACGGGCAGUUGAGCAUUUUUUCUGUCGUGCACCUGUAUCUCUACACAUUUUGCGUUCGUGGGGUUGUGACGUGACCAAUGGGUGUUCUGCGCCACACCCCGGAGAUGAUAACGAGGGCGUCCAGCAAACAAACGUUCUCGAAGUUAUAGCGCUUGAAGAGAACCUGCAGGGCGUCGCACUUGAGACGCUCUGGACUAUCACUCGAAGCUACAAGCAUCUGCGUUCUGCCAAGACGCUUCGCACAUCCGGAGUGACCUUUAAGAAGAGCAAACCCGAGACCGGCGUGUCGGGCGUGAGGUUUGAUAAAGGAGUUCUCUACCUCCCUGAGCUCGUACUGAACCAAGCAUCACAGGGAGUGUUCAUGAACAUGGUGGCCUUCGAGCGAAUGCAACCACAGAACAGAGGCAUCACCUCCUUCAUGUCAUUCAUGGAUUCUCUGAUAGACACUGCCGAAGACGUACGCAUUUUGGGAAAGGCAGGAAUCGUGACCAAUAAACUGGGCAGCGACGAGGAGGCUGCCAACAUCUUCAACAAGCUCGGCGUCCUUCAGAUGUGUAGUCCCUUUGAUAAGGUCCUGGAGGAGGUGCAGAAUUAUGCAUCCUUACCUCACCAUGGGUGGUGGGGGCACUUCAAGGAUACCUACUUAGCUAACCCGUGGACCAUUCUCUCACUCACUGGCGCCCUCUACCUCUUAUUGCUAGCCACCGUCCAAACAACAUACACUGUCUUGUCCUAUUACCACACUAAUCGCUCAGGCAAGUAGAGAAAGGUUUGUUUGGCUAUGUGCAACAGUCUCCAGUGUACAAUCUCGCCAAGUAAGUUUGUUUGUUUAGCCCACAUAUGAAACAACUAAAUAAUCAAGAUUAAAAAAAACAAAAAAGAAGCCGUGGGUUGUAAGAGCUGGGCA